AAUAGGUCACAUGUCAUAAUGGAUUGUUUAUGGAUCCGUCACUGAAAUCGUUAAAAUUGUUGACCGUGACAACUGAUUUGGUGCAAGGAAACCUUUAUUCACGUUUACCGUAACCCAGUUAGACAUUUAAAAGACGUCAAGGCACAGAAUGGACACAGAAGAAACCAUUCCUAUCGACACUGCCAUAUUUGGACUUGGGCGCAUGGGAAAAGUCCAUUUGCAUAAUCUGGCCAGCACAUUCCGAGUGAACAUCAAAUGGAUCGUUGACGAUAUCUCCGUCCAUGACGACAUACGAACAUUACUACAGAAAUACAGACUGGAACACGUGACCCGAGUGGCAUCACUGGAAGAGGCGGACACCGUUCACUCGGACACAAGGUUUUAAUAACUUAUUGUAAGAAUACAGCGAGACCUGCGUCAAGCAGACAAUGAAAAACAUACAAUGGCUUGUCACUGUGUAAUGUUCUUGAUGGUUUGGAAGAAUAUUACGCGUGAAGGCCGUGUUUGUGUGUACUCCGACGAUCCAGCACGGACCCGUUAUAAAGAAAGCAUUAACCGCAGGAAAACACGUGUUUUGUGAGAAGCCCAUAGCUACAUCUGCAGAAACAAUAAAAUCAUGCUAUGCUGUGGCGAAAGAGGCCAAUCGUAGUUUGUUCUGUGGUUUCAACAAGCGAUUCGAACCCGACUUCGACGCCAUUUUCAAAAAGAACAAAAUGGUGAUCUAGGCAAAGUUCGACAACUCAUCAUGAUAUCUCGAGACCCGCCGAUACCGAUCAGUUACAUCAAGCAGUCGGGUGGGAUAUUUCGCGACACGUGCAUUCACCAGCUAGACUACGCCUGGCACUUUCUAGGCGAGCGCCCCCUUACGGUCGUUGCUUUCGGAAACACGACGUCACAAAGGGCCGAUGGUUACCGAGAGUGUAAUGACGUAGAUCUCUCGACAAUAAUUCUCACCUUCCCGAGUGGAGCCAUUGCGAUUAUCGAGACUUCUCGUGAAGCCACCUAUGGAUUUGAUCAGCGUCUCGAGGUGCUUGGGUCGAAAGCACUGGCCAUGUGCGAGAACAUCCUUCUGUCCAUCAGUAAGAUGAUGUUGGCUUCUGAAACGAUACAAGAUGGUUGCCCUGAUAGUUUCACCAGAUUCCCCAGGUCGUAUGUGGUGGAAGCAAACAUUUUUCUUGACAUAGUUCAAGAUAAUGAUUCUAGAACCAGUCUUCGAAAUGGCAACACGCCUAUGAACCAAGGGAGGAUAGACGUCAGCAGCAAUGGAGGAGGGCGGAAAGCAGGGCAUCCCUAACUCUGACAAUUAUGCUAUGCAUUGUCAUUGCCCUGUCCCAAGUGAUGGAAGAAUUAAUAUGUAAGUGCCCCCUCGACCAGACUGGUUAAUGGCAUCUUACGACGCUUGUGGAGUGACAGUCCUAUAUAUAUUUUUCUUACUGUCCAAAAAUAUAUAUUGGUAGAUGAAUUAAGUAAAAACUACUUACUAUAGUCCGUCCCAUACUCCUACAAGAAUGAUGAGGUUUUUUUGUCAAUAAUUCCAGUUUCGUUUAACAUAAAAGGAAAAGUAAAAGUAUUUUGGAAAUAACAAAAAAGAAAAAAAAAAGUGUGCUAUUUUGAAAACAAUCAGCUAAGAAAUAAAUAACUAAAUAUAUUUCAUAACAUGAAAAAUACUAUAGUUAUGCAGUUUUCUUGGUGUUCACUUGAUAUUUUAAUAGGAAAUUAUUUAUUGAUCUAAUGACGUACAAAGUGGCAAACUUGGGUGACUUUGAAAUCUAAAAACAAGUUUGUUUGUUUUGUUUUACGACACCACUAGAUUUAUUAAUCAUCGGAUGGUGGGUCUUAGAGGAAACCCGCUACAUUUGUCCUUCAGC